AUGGCUAGGAAUUGCAGUGAAAAUGGCAAAAGCAUCAAAUUGUUUGGUUUUGAGAUCACUACAACGACGACGAUGACUAGUUCUGAUGCUGCAAUAAUAUCUGAAAAAGAUUUCAUGGGAAGGAAAAUCAAGAAAGGAAAUCGAUGGACAGAGGGUGAACAGAGAGCAUUCUUGAAAGGAUUGGAUUUUCAUGGAAAAGGAAGUUGGACUAACAUUGCUAAAGAUUUCGUGCCUACUAGAACGUCCACACAGGUUGCUAGUCAUGCUCAGAAGUACUUCGUGAGAUUAUUGGAUGCUAAUUCCAAUGAGAGAAAAAAGCGAAAGAAAUCAAGUGUUUUUGAUCUUCGUAUUGAAAAAACAGAGCAUCUUGAAAAAAAAACAGAGGAUACUACACAUCAAGCUAUUGUUCCAUUGGGAAAUAAUCAAGAAAGUCAUAAUGUGCCAAGUUUUGUACCAAAUUCCAUGAUGAAAAGUGUUCCAACAGUAAUGCCUCUUACUUGGGUUCACAUGUAUCCGUAUAAUGAUCAUUAUGCCUCUACAUCAAUCAGUACUACUACAUUCGACAAGCCACUUUCUGGGAUUUCUUCAUCUUCUUCUUCUUCUGAGGAUAAUAAUUUGGAGUUAAAGUUGUAG